AUGCCCCCCAGCUUCUGCAUGGUGCGCGGUGGCAUUGAGCUUUUGACUGUUCUUGGAGUUGGGUUCCCAAUAGGGAUGGCCUUGCAAUUCCUUCUUGACCUAGGAUGCCCAACCUGUCUUGAGAUAGAUCUUGGAGAAUUUGUACUGCUUGUCGAAGAGAGGAGUCGUCGUGCAUCCCAAGGUCAGCUGGGGGAAGUCCGGCUAGUUGUUGUCGUGACAUGCGACGGUUGGCAGUGGGCGGCAGUUGUGGUGGGGCAGGUGCGCGCAGAUGGACCAGCUACUGCCUAUCAUCGCAGAAAAGCUGAUGUCAAGUCUUCAAGAAAUGAAGCUGCGAAUUCGCUGGCGAAAGAUGCUUCCCCAUUGAGGAAGAAGCCAAGGAUCCCUUCUGCUGAGAAGACCCAAGUGAGAGCUGUUUCAUCGUCAUCUACCAGGGUUAAACAUCUUGUUUGUGUAGAUAGUAGGAAUGUUGGUGGUAUGCGCACUGUUCGGGGUGCUCUACCCGAGUCUCAUGUUGACAAGCUUGAAAACCAUGAUCUGCUUCCUGGAAUAGCUCAUGCCCUAUCUCGUUCUGCCGACGGGAAGUCUGCUCAUGAUCUAGCUGUUGAGUCACGAGCAUUCAAGCUUGGAGGUGAUUCAGCAUCAUUGACUUCAUUGGAGGUGAGGAUGGAGGCAGCUAAGAAGACGAGAGAGUCAUCUCCCCGGGCGAAUGGCUCUUCUGCAACUUCAGUGGCUGAUCCCAAAGUGGACAAGUCCAGCCCUGCAGGGGAUGCAAGCAUGUCUGAUAUGCUGAAGAAGAACCUCCUAUCAAACCCGUCUUCCUGUGUUGAUGAGUUGGAGAAGAAGAACGCUGAAUUGGCCAGCCAGCUUUCCACCGAGCAGGCCCGUUAUGAGAAGAAGACGUCUGAUUUGAGGGUGAUGAUAUCUGAGUUGAAAAGCUCCCUUACCGAGAAGGAUUCUGAACUAAACUCUCUUGCCGCUGAUUUGGUUAGUCGAAAAGAUGCCUUCUUUUGUCUUGAGCUUAAGAAUGCUGACAUCUCCCUUAGCUAUGACAAGCUCCUGGCUAGAUUUCAUGCAUACCACAAGUCUGCAGAAAAAUCCAAGUCUAAAGCCAUCAUUGAUGUGUACAAGUUGGGCUACUUGCACUGCGCAGAUGAGACUACUCCCUUGUAUGCAAUUGACGACAUAGACAUCGAGACACUCUGCCCCGACUCACCCCUUGUGGAAGGAGGAACUGAAGAGCAGGCAGCCGGAGAGGAUGAAGCAGAGGAGGAAGCAAUAGAUGAGAUGAUGGCAAAUGUCGCGGAGCAAGCAGAUGGAGCCGCUAAAGGAGUAGCUGAUCAGGCGGAGGCCGAAGAGGCUGCAGCUCAGAGGUCUCCUGCUGGCGUCCCUGAGUAG